AUGAAAUGCGCCCUAGUUUCUAAACAAUGGUUUAAUGUUAUUCGAAAUGGAAUUAAACAUUCGUUAACAAUUAGAAAAGAUACGAAAUUGAAAGGUCAAUUUUUGGAAAAUGUGGAAAAUCUGCAAGUUUUUGACAAGUUUAGACUUCCGAAUCGAUUCGAUUGUGAAAUAUUCGAAUCUAUGAAAAAAUUAACGAAAGUUUAUUUAAGUAGUGAAACCAUUGAUUCGAAAGGAGCUAAAUAUCUUGCAGGAUUGAAUAAUUUAACCGAUAUUCAUGUUGAUUCUUACAAUAAUUUUGGAAAUGAAAGUCUAUAUUAUUUAAGUAAAUUGAGCCAGUUGACCAAACUUUCAAUUGGCUCAAAAAAUAAUAUUACAUAUGAGGGAGUUGAAUAUUUGAGUCAAUUGAGUAAAUUGACGUAUCUUUGUAUUACAGGUAAUGAAACUACUGAUGAACAAGUCAAAUUAAUUAGUUCAUUCAAGCAGUUAAAGACAUUAAAUAUUUAUUCGAAUUUGAUUAGUGAUAAAUCAGCUGAAUAUAUCAGUAAUUUGGAUGAAUUGACUGUUUUAGUAAUUAAUAAUAAUCAGAUAGGAUCUAAAGGAGCUAAGUUUAUAAGUGGAAUGAAACAGUUGAAACAAUUGAGCGAUUCGUAUACUAAACUUGGAGAAACUGGUGUUAAACAUAUUUGUGAAAUGACUCAAUUAACACAUCUGUACAUUUGCAAUACUAAAAUUGGUAAUUCAGGAGCUAAGAAUAUUAUCAAAUUGAAACAAUUACAACUUCUAGAUAUUUCUUAUAAUGGUAUUAAUAAUGAAAUAGUUGAAUUAUUGAGUCAAUUGGACCAGUUGACCUUCCUUAAUAUCAGUGGAAGUGCAAUUGACAAUCUAGCAUUAACGUUCAUCAACAAAAUGAAUCAAUUGACCUAUCUCGAUGUCAGUUACAAUGGAAUUAAUGAUGAAGGAUUAAUUUACAUUAGUAAAAUGAAACCACUGAAACAAGUUGGAAUUGGUUUCCUUCAAUUAUCACGAAAUCAGAUGGGUUCAUUGUGGAAGAGCAUUCAAACUGUGGAACGUCAAUAUUAA